AUAAAUUCGAUGAAUCAAAUUGAGAAGCAACAUUUUGCAUUUGAAAAUACUUUGGGGUUUGGUUGAUUCGCCAUAUUUCACAUGCUGUUGUUGUUCCUCACUUUUUGCUUGUUAUCACUUUUACUUUUGGUAAUACAUGCUGUUUUUAAAUUUCCUUUGCUUUAUUUUUUCAUUGGAAAAAGUCAGAGGUGCAGUCUAAAUUAAUUCUCUAAGAAUAGUAGUAAACUGAAGAAUUACAGUAUUUAAUUAAAUCGUUUAAACCGGUUUUGGUCAGCUCAUAAUUAUCUUUGGACGCUGCACAAAGAACUAACAUCGAACUAACAAGACAGAUGAAGAUAGAAGUGCCAAAAUAAACCAUACCGAAAAGUUAAGACAUAAUGCAUCAUUUCUAACUGUGACAAUAAUUUAACCAAGAGUGACUUAAUGUAAUGGAAAACUCUAGUUCUAAAAUCAAAUAAUUGGGAGCUCUGAUGAGCCACUUUUAGAGAGAAAACUAAAAAACAAGCAUUGACUGUCCAGACAGGUUUAUUGUAAGCCCCAGUUUCUUUGAAUGAAAAACUACAAAAUCUCAUAGCAAUUAUUAAAGGGUGGAUUUUGUAAAUGAAGUGAGUACAAAAUUGGUUUGAAAUGGAAACUUCAUUUUGGAAUUAAAUCAGUUUUAGGGACUGACCGGCGAUCAGCCAAAAAUCAUCUACUUAAAACUUAGAAGAAAACGCCACACAGAACUAAAUAUAAAUAUCAAAAUGAAAACUAAAAUUUCAGUCCGAUUACCAAUGGAAUGUCAACCUAAACUAACUCAAAGCUACGCCGCAGGCAAAUGCAAAUCAAUGUAAUUGUUACUAAGUAGACUCUUUUAUUGCAACUGCAGUAAUUUAAAUUGCAAAUAAGAUACUUUGUAGCACACACAUCAAUUAAUGAAUCAAAAGGUUAGUAUACUCUACAAGGAUCAGUCGAUGUUAUUUAAUGGUAGGGGAGACAGGAAUUGUUAAUUUGUGUAAAGACAAUGUUAAUUGGAACAGCACCAGCUACGAGUGCGCGUAAGCUGUGGGGGAGCAAAGCUUACAUUUUACAAUAUAAUGUAAAAUAAAGCUCAUAUUUCCUUAACUGUGAAAAGUUUGCAACAUACCCAGACUUCCCCUACACAGACAUCAUGCAUAGUUAAAUGCUUUUCUGAAAACUUGAAGCACUUAUUUGCUCCUGACUUUUGCCUUGACCGAGUACUCGUUGACCGCGUUUUGGUUCUCAAAAAUGGUACUUUCGAUUGAAAGAUUUGUCGGGAAAGUGGCGGUUGUUACAGGAGCAUCUUCUGGAAUUGGUGCUGGUAUUGCAGAAGCGUUAGUGUCUAAUGGAUUAAUUGUGGCUGGUUUGGGAAGAAGAGUUGAAGCAAUUGAAGCUUUAGCCCAAAAGCUGGCAGGUGCCAAGGGAAAAUUGAUUGCAUUUGAAUGCGACAUUACUAAAGAAGAUGAAAUCGUCUCAACGUUCGAACAGAUCAUUUCCAAACUAGGGCCAAUCAGUGUUUUAAUCAACAAUGCCGGGCUUUCCCAAAGAGGGUCGUUAAUCAACGGCGACCCAAAGUCGUGGAAAACUAUUUUAAAAACCAACGUAUUGGGAUUGUGCAUUGCAACCAAACAGGCAAUCCAGAACAUGAUUGCAAACCAAACUCUGGGUCACAUAAUUCAUAUCAAUAGCGUAGUUGGUCAUGCCGUUAUGGAUCUACCGGGAUUUGACAUGUAUGGACCUUCCAAAUAUGCAGUUACUGCGUUAGCCGAAACUUUGCGAUUGGAAAUAAAUAGAGAAAAACUACAAAUUAAAAUCACUAGUGUCAGUCCUGGAUAUGUUAAGACAAAUUUCGAAUUUGCCAGUGGCAUCGAGAAUUUUCCAGGACUGGACAUCGAAGAUGUAGCUGAUGCGGUUGUUUAUGCUUUAUCAACAGCACCCCACGUAAAUGUGUCGGAACUAACACUGAGGGCCAUAGGAAGUCUUUAGCAGCGGCUCCAACUGUGUUCCAUUUAAUCAUUUUACACCUAAGAACAUCCAGUUGAUUUUACGUUCAUGUUUGCCUUUUGGGGUCAUUGUUGAAAAGGUCCUGCAUCAUUUCCAUUUCCACCUUGUGCCUUUCCCCGAACCUGAAUCAUUAUACGGCCAAUUUCAA